AUGAUUGCGACGAGGGCGAGACGUUGCUGCGACCGUGACCGCAACCGGUGGAGCGAGGCGCCAGUGAUCGUGUUUUCCGCUGGUGUUUUUGAUCUGCCGUGCUCGGUUUUUGGCAGCUUCGAUCCAAUUGAUCCCCUCCAGAAGCAUUCAGGCGUCCAGAGGUUCAACUGCGUGGGUAGGAGCUCGGCCACUGAAUGCAGGCGUCCAGAGGUUCAACUGCGUGGGCAGGAGCUCGGCUGGUUUGCUUAUAUGCAUUUUUUUCUUCAACAUUGGAUUAUUUUGACCUUGCACGCUUCUGAUGGGGAAGAAAAAAGUGACUUGUCCCUAUGGAGACAAUGGAUCUCCUCUGUAUCAAGGUGA